AAACAGACGCGGAGAACGAUAGUAAGUAAAUACAAAACUGAUGAGAAUUGAAGCAGUUAACGAAACGCAAACGCUCACUAUAUUUCUACUUCACAAUUUCCUUACUUCUUCCAUUGUUCACUAGGCGUCGGAAAGAGAGGUCUGAAGCGAAAAUCCGACGACGAUACAGGGGGUUACAACAGCGACAAUGAAUGGGGGAAAGGUGAUCCCGCUAAUUUGGGAGCUCCCGACGUCCAAAAGAGCCAAAACGUGAAACAGGAACCGACGGAUGCCCCAAAAACCGCCAACAACACUGCUGGUCAGAAUUCAAAAAGAUCAACUCCAGAAGGGGCACCAGUUAAGAAGAAGAAACAACUGGACGACUCGAAGCGAGAAGAGCGCAAUGCAAGAGAAAAGGAGAGAAGUUUUCGCAUCUCCAAACAGAUUAAUGAGCUCCGAACCCUUUUAUCCAGUGGCGGUGUUAUCGUACCGAAGGGUACGAAGAGUUCUGUCUUAACGGAGGCUGCGAAUUAUAUCCGAAUGCUACAACAGCACCAGUAUCGUUCUGAAAUGUAAGUUGACUUGAAGGUGCAGAAGCAACUGCUCGAUCUGUGACAAACGUUUCUUCACCUUUCCAGGACUCAUAUCAAUCUCUAAUAUUCCAUUCUCAUGUUUUAAAUUUUGAUUGCAGCGAUCGUCACCAACUCGUCCAACAAGUACAAARGAUUGGCAGUGGUGCCCUGGGUCAACAAGCUGCGCAAGCCGUAAGACACGCUGCUGCGCAAAAUGGUGUUUGGUCGUUAGGAAACUUCGGUGGUGUACCUCCAAAGUCAGCCAUGAUGUACCACAA